AUGCCUACCGCUCACAUUCCGGCGGACGUUUGGACCAUCAUCAGUGACAAGGUCGUCCAUCCCAAGCUCCAUAUCGCGCUCAGCCAGAUAUGCGCCUCUUCUCGGUCGAUAUACGAGGAUGAGGACAAGUGGAAACUCCUCUGUCGAUCCAUCGGCGUCGGGCGGGGGUCGAUCGAGAAGUCGGAGAGCUGGAAGAAGGUCUUUAUCGAAGUGGUGAUGCAUCAGGAGCGGUGCAAGCUGCCUCAGUGUUACCAGUUUGGUGUACCUCCCAUGAACGCGAUCGGCGACCUGCUUCCGUCCUCCGAGGCGACACUCCAGCAUAUCGAGUACUUCAAGCAGCCACAGAAGUGCAGCUGUGGCAAGGCAAACGGUCACCAAGAGGCCCACCAAGCGAGCGAGGACGGUACCGCGGCCGGCGGCGCAGACCCCGCUGGUCCGGCCGCUCAGACUAUCAACAGCCCGGCUAUUACUGGUCUCCUCAAUUCGAUAUUCGGUCAGAUCGGCGCCAACAUCCCUGGCAUGCCUCAGACGGCGCCUACUCAAGUCCAAAUCUUGGGCUUGGGCGGAGGUGCUGCUACCUUUCCGCUCGGGACUGCUCCUCCGGCGACAGCAGCUCCGACCGGCCCGUCAGCUCCCACGAACCCGGGCACACAACCCCCACCAGUCCAGUACCAGUACAUUCCCUUGUCCCUCUCAUUUGCCCCUGCACCUGCCCCACCGGGAGCGGCCCCGCCGAAUCCGGUCGCUCCGACCAACUCAGCUACACAACCGCAACCCCAGGCAGCUCAGUUCCCCCUGUUCGGUCUUGGGAACACUUCGGUCUUUGGACCCGCCCCGGUCUUCACAGCGCCUGCUCCUCCUGCUACUGCCGCUACAGCUCCCGCUGCCCCGUCCGGUCCCAUCAUCCAGCCCAACCUUCUCCCCCUCAGCUACCGGAACCGCGACCGAGUGCCCAAGAAGCCGAUCCUCCACCCGUUCAUCGCCGAGACCGGCUCCAUCGAGUUCGGCCGCUUCCUCGCGGGGGAGACCGCGCUGUUGCCGAUGCAGGCUUGCUCGGUCGCCACUUUGGAGUCGCAGGGGCUGGAUUGGAGUGUCGAGGAUGCAGCUAGCGCGGAGUGGAAGGAGCGGAACUAUAGGCGGAUCGAGGAGCAUCCGUUGCUGACUCGGGCAUUUGCAACCAACCCUCCAGUGGCCGAGAUGAAGAUCAUGAUCCAGGGCUUCAAAGUGACACUCAUCAACCGAGAUGGAGUCACCGUCAAGGACGUCAUCUACAACUUGAAUCGCUAUCUCGAGAAGCCCCUCUCGAAGGAGGAUCACGAUCGGUUUUGCCGCGCCGGCCAGGAUCUGGAUAAUGCGGAAGAAUGUCUGAUUGAGGAUUGUGCCAACCGCUUUGCAUACCUCGCUAAGAAGCAGCUGGGCAUAGUCCCAUCGAUCAGCGAUCCGGCGAAGAAUGGGCAGUGCUGGUUUCGCGCAGCAGCGACUGUCAUACAGGGAGGCGAUACUGUCUGCGUGAUGACUCCGGGAUAG